AUGUAUAAAUUCGAAUCGUGGGGUGCAUCUGGAACAUGUCUAGGCAAUCCUGGAAAUCAAGGAUUGGGUGGUUAUACUUCAGGAAUUAUUUACUUGAGAAGUGUAACUCCAUUCUAUCUAUUUGUUGGUGCUCACACAGAUUUUAACUAUAAAACUAAUGUGGGAACUUAUUAUGCUCGAGGCGGAGCAUCUUCUGAUAUAAGAUUGACUGUAAACAGUAAUUUUGAUUGGUUUGAUCCUGAAUCGCUAAGGUCUCGUAUCAUGGUUUCUGCCGGUGGAGGAGGUGCUGAAUGGAUGGGAUCCAUUGGUGGAAAUGCUGGCGACUUGGAAGGUAGUGAUGGAAAAACUGAUUGCAGAAACAAUGGAGUAAUUUGCAAUGAGAUCGUAAGUAAAGGAGCCAAUCAACUUCGAGGUGGAAAUGCUACCAGCCUUAACAUGUUUUAUGAUGGAACAAUUGUGCGACAAUAUGACAGUUACGAAGGGAAGUUUGGUCGAAUAGUGCAUCCAGAUGGAGUAAAUAUAGGAGGCAUGGGAGGAAAUGGAUAUUAUAGUGGGGCAACACUAGGAUACACCGGCGGUGGAGGAGGAGGAAGCUCUUUCAUCUCAGGUCACGAAGGAUGUAUUGCAUUGAAAAGUUCAUUGAAUGAAAAUCCAUCGAAUUCUAGUAUCCACUAUUCAGAAUUGUAUUUCACUCAAACUCAAAUGAUCCCUGGAAAUGAAACGAUGCCAUUAUAUUCAUCAAGCAAUGCAAAAGGCAAAGGUAACAAAAACGAAGGUUGUAUUCGUAUUACAAUUCUUACCAAGGAUUGCAGUUACUACUACAACUCAUAUUUUCAAAUGAGUUAUUUCUUUCCUACCCUUAUUUUUCUUUUGUUUGACUCCAAAUAA